CCCACCCCGCCCACAUCCACGCACGCUCCCCAGCCCCGCCUGCAGUAGCUUCGCAGGAAGUUUGGCCUUUCCGCAGCCCGUAGACAUAGCAGAGCUUCCUUAGCAACCGGCGGGACGGGAGGUGUCGCUGCGCAACCCCGGCGUCUGGCGAAGCUGGUCGACUGCUGACGCUCCCGUCAACUCCACCUAUGCUUCUCGCUCUGGUGGAGUACCGGAGUCGACGGGAGAGCGCUCGGCGGUCGAUUUAUUGCGUCUUCACUAGACGCGAUAAAUUGACCUCCACUGGAUUGAUCGCUCUGGAGGAAUUUAUGAUAAAAGAAUGUCAUCAGGUUUCCAAAUAAAACCAAAAACUGCAAUACAGAAAAGCAAGACAUCUUCGUCUCCUUCAUCUAGUUCUCCAGACCUUGCGGUUAAGCCACAACCAAGGCCUAGUGAUAAACUUAACCCCAAAACUAUUGAUCCGUUUGGGGAUCAUUCAAAAGCUCCUUCUGCGUUUUCUGCCAUUUAUUCUAAAGGUGGUAUACCUUGCAGGUUGGUUCAUGGCUCAGUAAAACACAAAUUACAGUGGGAAUGUCUUCCUGAAACUCUUCCAUUUGAUCCUCUUCUUAUUACUUUAGCUGAGGGUCUAAGAGAGACAAAACACCCAUAUACAUUUGUAUCAAAGGAGGGCUUUAAGGAAUUACUCUUGGUUGAAGAUGCUACUGAAAAAGCAAUUCCCUUGUUGCCUCGUCUGAUUCCAGUGUUAAAGGCUGCUCUGGCCCAUUCAAAUGGUGAAGUAUUUGAAAGAGGAUUGAAUGCUUUGAUACAGCUGAGUGCCAUUGUUGGUCCUGCUCUUAAUGAUCAUCUGAAACACUUACUCACAAGUAUUUCAAAGAGGUUAAUGGACAAGAAAUUCAAAGAGCAGAUCACUGUUGCGUUACAAAAGCUAGAGCAGUAUGGUGGAAAGGAGAGUGUAGCUAUCAUCAAAUCUAAAAUUCCAACCUAUUGUUCCAUCUCCUCUUGAAUGAGAGACCCAGCUAGUCAUUUACACUGCAUGGUGUGGUUGUGGGCGUCAGAAGCUGACUGUGGAUGCUGUUGGAAUUUCCUUAUGGUAAAACUUGCAAUGAUUUCUUUCCAUGAUGAGUGUUACAGAGAUGAAAAUUAAACAGACCACUGAAACAGAUAUUAGACUGUCUAGAUAUUACUGCAUUCUGAGCACUGAAGUGAGAUGGAAGCUUCAAAAGACCAUUAUCUCCUUUUUUCCUCAUUAAAACCG